AUGUCCCCUAAUUGGGGCAGAGGAAAUUCAGCGAAGAAAACCAGCAUGAUCGAUCCGGGGCAAUUUUCUAAAUUUUAUCCCAGCUUCCUUCGCCUCUGCAAUAAUGCUUCGUUGCCAGGGUUCCGCGAGACGUCCUUCCUCUACGCGCUGACAGCAGCGGGUGUGGCCCACGCAAUAGCCCGCGCUUGCGCACAAGGUCGCCUUCUCUCCUGCGGUUGUGACCAGCUGGGUUACAGGGCCUCUCACGACCCACGGGGGCGUGGGCGUAACAAGUGGGAAUGGAGCGGAUGCUCCCACAACUUGGCGUAUGGGAUCGACUUCUCGAAGAAGUUCCUGGACGUACGAGAUCAAGUAGAUGAUUUGCAGUCGAAGAUCAAUGUUCAUAAUAAUAAUGCAGGAAGAUUGAACGGUACAUUAGGCACAUUUCUCAGCUUUAAAAAAAUGACGGCUUUAGAAAAGGAAUUUGCGUUCGUAUGA